AAGAGAAGAAGGGGAGAGGAACCACCGGCGAGCGCGGCCGUUGCGCGGCAGUAACGGUCCUCGCAUCGCUAAGCCGUCCUCCGCCGGGCCGGGGGUGAGAGGGGGAGGGGGGCAGAUCCGGGUGGCUUCCCUGCUCCCGCCGCCCCUUCUUGCACCUGGGAAGGAGCCUAGCACCGAAAAGAAGGCGGGAUUCGUGUGUCCUUUAAAUACAAAACUAAGCAGAAUUGUGCAGCUGCUUUUAUACCCAGGGCGGGGGAUUCUCUCCCCCUCCUCCGCCCGGCGUCCCGCUUCCCCCGUCUUCCUUCUUCCCUGCACAUACCGUUGCAUGUGAAGCGCAGCCCCCUCUUUCUCCGUAGGAAGAGGAGAAGCGCAGGAUAAGGCAGGAGAGCAGGGAACCGAGCAUCCCACCCCCGUCCGCAGACUCUGGUUUGUCUCCUGGCAACCCGGAGUGACUCAGAGUAGCUAGGAGCCUUUAGGAAUAGGGACCUGCUCUGAUCACUGCCAACCGGGUUUAGGAGAGAGUUGCCUUAAAAAAAACCUAGUUAUCUCCCCCACCUAACCACCGCCUCCGUCUCUUCUAAUGGCAAAUGCUGAGCUCCCGUGCCAUAUCGGUAUUGCAGUGAAAUUAGCCUAUGUCCAGACAAGAAAGAGGUUUCCGUUCUUGAUGGGAUUGCAGCUCAUGUAAAGGACCAGGCUUGCACUCUGGGGGUGCCAACAGAGCCAGGAUUGUCACUGGAAGGGGCCAGGUGGCGGCACUCAGGCAUGCAGCGGCCUUCACGAGUUAGGGUUAAUGCAACCCCUUCUGGAUUAAUCUUGGACAGAGUUGUUCAUCGCCUUGGAUGUGAUCUUCAUGGUGUCGUGUUGGAAUCUUGAGGUUUUAAUCUGAGUCACCCCAAUGGAUGCGGAGAGUGAUGUUGCCUUGGACAUUUUAAUCACAAAUGUAGUCUGUGUCUUCCGAACAAGAUGUCAUUUAAACUUGCGAAAGAUUGCGUUAGAGGGAGCAAAUGUAAUAUACAAGCGUGAUGUUGGGAAAGUAUUGAUGAAGCUUCGGAAACCAAGGAUUACAGCAACAAUUUGGUCCUCAGGAAAAGUAAUUUGCACAGGAGCUACAAGUGAAGAAGAAGCUAAAUUUGGUGCCAGACGAUUAGCUCGUAGUCUGCAGAAACUAGGUUUUCAGGUGAUUUUUACAGAUUUUAAAGUUGUCAAUGUUUUAGCAGUAUGCAAUAUGCCCUUUGAAAUCAGAUUGCCGGAAUUCACAAAAAGCAACAGACCCCAUGCUAGUUAUGAACCAGAGCUUCAUCCUGCAGUGUGCUACAGAAUAAAAUCUCUCAGAGCUACUUUACAGAUUUUUUCAACAGGAAGUAUCACAGUUACAGGGCCAAACGUAAAGGCUGUUGCCACUGCAGUGGAACAAAUUUAUCCAUUUGUGUUUGAAAGCAGGAAAGAAAUUUUAUAAGUUGCCACUUCACGGUUAGGCGACCUAACCAAGCACCUUUUAUAAGACUGCUGCGCAUUGGACUAAUAGCAAAAAAAAGAAGGUGGGGGAAAAAAGGACAACUGGACCAACUCAGCUGAGGAGGGGCAAACUCUUGGCCGUGGUGAUAAACUCCAGUCCCUUUUGGAUUUUAUUUGGAACAGUGCUGUAUUGUAAAAACAAACGUUUACAAGAAACGAAAUUGCUGCUUUUUACAAGACAUUCUAUUUAUUUCGGCAGUAAUUUCUGUGUGUUCAUAAGCAGAUUUGUCAUGAUAUGCACUAAAUUUUAAAAAAACACUUCUAUAGGUUGAGCUUGUGUUUUUAUUUGUGAAUAUUCUUUACAUUUUUGUACGCUGACUGUUGGGCACCAAAGAAGCUGUAGACGUUACCCUUUUUCACCUGAUAAAACGUGCACAAAUAAAAGUCUGCAAAACUUUUCUUCAUACCUGUACGGUUACGUUCCUUCUCCUUUUUCUAUUAACAAUUGUAUAUUGGCAAAGUAACUAGAGCAAUGUUAGUGUGAUCUUCUGCUCUGAUUUUAUUCCAAUUUUUGUGCGCGUGUAAAGUGAUCUGUAUCAGACUAGGUUGACAUGAAUGAGAGAUAUGUAUGUGUUCUAAGGACAGAAUUUGGUUUUAUUGUAAUAUAUUUGUAACUAAAUGCAGAAUUUAGGGGAUCUCUUUCCAGCCUGUCUAAGCAAGGGUUAAGCAUAAUAGGCUUGAGUGAUGAGAGAAGCUUCUGUUCUGAAGUAUUUGGCAUUAGUCAAAUCAGCUAUCCUAUUUCCAGAUGCAGGGUUGUUUUUAAAAGGAAACCUGCCUUGAACUACUGCUAGUGACUGAUUUUAAUUUUCAGGAAAAAAAUGUAUUUUUUCAUGGAUGCAGUUCUAUGCUACUUCUAAAGAACUCUGCACAUAUUUGCCAAAAUGUUGCUAUAGCACUGUUAGAAUUAUUUUUUAAAAAAUGCUAACAAAACAAGAAAGCUUGGCUUUGGCAUGUAAUCUUGGACUUGAAAAGCCAAUAUUGAAACUGCAUAUGGAACACAUGAGUGGUAAAUCAUAAGGCAAAUGAAAAUGGUACCCUUGCCAAUUACAAUAAAUAUGUCAAAAUGCA